GGUCAGUUCGACGUUGGUCCGAGUGGUGUGAACCAGCGGACUUCAAAUCAUCAUGGGUACUCAGUGGGUGGUGGUGGUUGUGGCAGUCGUGGCGUGCGUACUGCGCACCCCCGAGGCCAGACCAUCACAAGCGUCAAGUAUCUCAGCAGCGCCUGCAAGAAGCACAGUCCACCUGAGGAAGCUCUCACAGCAGACACAGCAUGAUCUCAACAGAGUAUGGGACACACAGCUAGAGAAACACCGCAGCAAGAAUCACCCUCAGAACGAGGCUGUCACCUUCAUGGAGCGUCCGGGAGAUGGGAAAUAUGUCUUUGGUUACGAUCUCCCUUCCGACGGUCGCUCGCACAUGGAGGCUUCCGACGGUAAGGGUCAGACUAUCGGAAAGUAUUCUUAUACCGACCCCAGCGGUAAAAACGUGCAGGUUCACUACGUUUCCGGCAAGGAAGGCUUCAGAGUGAUCAGUAAUAACCUCCCCGAAGAAACGGAAGAGGUUAAGAAAGCCAAGAAUGAUUUCUUCAAGCUAUAUGAAGAGAGACAAGCUAGUCUGCCUAAAACUCACGACUCUGCCCCUGCUGCUGUUCCAACCCCUGCCUCUGCCUCAGUCCCUGCCCCUGCAACCAGGGGUCAAAGACCUGCUGUUCCAACCCCUGCCUCUGCCUCAGUCCCUGGCCCUGCAACCAGGGGUCAAAGACCUGCUGUGUCCAAACAGGGUGAGACUGAGAGAGGUUUCGGAGAGGGUGACGGAGUAGGUAAUGAGGGAGAGGAGGAAGAGCAGGGAGGUGAGGGAGGGGGAGGUGAGGCAGAAGAGAGAGGUGAGGAGGAAGAAGGUGAGGAGGAAGAGGAAGGUGAGGAGGAAGAGGAAGGUGAGGAGGAAGAGGGAGGUGAGGAGGAAGAGGAAGGGGAGGAAGAAGAGGGAGGUGAGGAGGAAGAGGGAGGGGAGGAAGAGGAAGAAGAGGAAGAGGAGGAGGAAGAAGAAGAGGAUGAUUCAGAGGAAGACGAAGAAGACAACUCCUCUGAAGAGGACAACAACGGCGUCAGCAGUGAAGAGGAGAGCAGUGAAGAAUCAGACGAGGGAGAAGAAGAAUCAGAAGAAUCAGACGAAGACGAGGACUCGUCAUCAUCGUCUGAGGAGGACGAGUGGGGUGAAGAGAUGAGCGAAGAAUCACUACUCUCCAGGUUCAGCAAUGACUUCGGCAAACGACUUUACAAGAGCACUGUCCACUACCCUGGCACUGCUGGCACUCAGUCAACAACCUCCUGA